AUGUCAGUUAUGGUGGUAAAAGGAGACCCUAAACGCUCUGCAGUAGAACGUCUACAAAACUACCUUUAUCAUGCGAACAAACGACGGGGCCAGUAUUUAUCCUCUCUUUGGCCGCGGAUGUCUGUCGUUGAGAUUACACCGACAAAGUCUGUGUUCGAGUUGACCGUUACUGACGAUGACUGCAAUGGAUUGGGAAACUUGCAUGGUGGAUGUACUGCUAGUCUUAUCGAUGUUUGUUCUACUGGUGCUAUAAUCGCAGCCGCGACAAAGUAUUUCAUAUACGGGGGCGUAUCUAAUGACUUGACGAUAAGCUACGUUUCAGCUGCCAAAGAAGGAAUAAAAAUACUGGGCAGGUCGUCGCAAUGGGAAGCCACACCAAGUUCAACACAAGACCUUUCAUCGGCUAUUUUUAAUCUUGCGUCACCAGCUGUUCCAAUCCUCGCUCAUAACCCUCUAACUAUAACAGUCGAUUAUCACAAUCAAAAGUUUCUCUACCUUUCACUUUGGUCAACAUCUUCCAAAAAUUUAUCCGUAAACACCCGAGUGAUAAAAGACGAGUUUUGUAUUGGAAUCGAAAGGGUCGCGCAAGAGGGAGUACUCGAGGGAGUACUUGAUGGGGUACUUGAGGGGGUACUUGAGGGAGUGUUGGAGGGGGUAUUGAUAGGAGAACUUAAUUGUGUCGAGUAG